AUGGCGGCAGUUGGCGCGGGUCGUCUCAGGCGAGCUGCGUCGGCCCUGCUGCUCCGGAGCCCGCGCCUGCCCGCCCGGGAGCUGUCAGCCCCGGCUCGGCUCUAUCACAAGAAGGUUGUUGAUCAUUAUGAAAAUCCGAGAAACGUGGGGUCCCUGGACAAGACGUCUAAAAAUGUUGGAACUGGAUUGGUAGGGGCUCCGGCUUGUGGUGAUGUAAUGAAAUUGCAGAUCCAAGUGGACGAGAAGGGGAAGAUCGUGGAUGCCAGGUUUAAGACGUUUGGCUGUGGUUCUGCCAUUGCCUCGAGCUCGCUAGCCACCGAGUGGGUGAAAGGGAAAACGGUUGAAGAGGCCUUGACCAUCAAGAACACAGAUAUCGCCAAGGAACUCUGUCUGCCUCCUGUGAAACUGCACUGCUCCAUGCUGGCUGAAGACGCAAUCAAGGCCGCCCUGGCUGAUUACAAACUGAAACAAGAGCCCAAGAAAGGAGAGGCAGAGAAGAAGUGA